AUGACUAGUAGAGCAUGUUGUACCGUGAAUGUGCUGUAGUUCCAGCUGAGCGUCUUUUCCGGGCACGGGGAUACUAAGAGCAGCCAGAUAUAUAUAUUCCAACUGUGAUCAGCAUUUUGUCUUCAGUCUUGUGACUGGAUCCACAAAACCAAUGCCUUCCACUGAAGCUUCUGAUGAUGGGCCACCUGACUCUUCAGACUCGCCUCACAAUAUCUCCGAUGCAGAUGCUUUUAGAAUUCUUUGGGAGAUGAAAAUGAAGAAAAGGCAGAAACAGCCCUCCCUCCCUGAAACUGUGACUGAACUUACCACUGAGGAUGGCAGCAGAGUGUACAUAGUAGGCACUGCGCAUUUCAGUGACAGCAGCAAGCAGGAUGUUGUUAAGACCAUUCAGGAGGUCCAGCCAGAUGUGGUGGUUGUUGAGCUUUGUCAGUAUCGGGUGUCCAUGUUAAAGAUGGAUGAAGAAACUUUGCUUAAAGAAGCCAAAGAAAUCAAUCUGGAAAAACUUCAUCAGGCAAUCAAACAGAAUGGAGUCAUGUCUGGUCUCAUGCAAAUGCUUUUGCUGAAGGUUUCUGCUCAUAUUACUGAACAGCUUGGGAUGGCUCCAGGAGGGGAAUUCAGAGAGGCUUUCAAAGAAGCCAGCAAAGUGCCUUUCUGCAAGUUCCAUUUGGGGGACAGGCCUAUCCCUGUAACUUUUAAGAGAGCCAUUGCUGCACUUUCGUUAUGGCAAAAGGUUAAGCUUGCGUGGGGCCUAUGCUCUUUGUCUGAUCCUAUCAGCGAGGAUGAUGUUGAAAAGUGUAAGCAGAAGGACCUUCUGGAGCAGAUGAUGGCAGAAAUGAUUGGAGAGUUUCCAGAUUUGCACCGUACCAUAGUCUCUGAGAGGGAUCUCUAUCUUACCUACAUGCUGAAGCAAGCAGCUAGGAGAACAGAACUACCUCACGCCUCUGAAAAUGAACCUAGAAAAAGCAUCCCAGCCAUUGUGGUUGGAGUGGUUGGUAUGGGACACGUGCCUGGGAUCGAAAAGAACUGGAACACCGAUGUAAACAUCGAAGAAAUAAUGAGUGUGCCUCCCCCCUCAGCAUUGAGCAAGAUUGUUACCUUUGCUGCAAAAGCGACAUUUUUUGGACUUGUGGGUUACGGGUGUUACUGUAUUAGUAAAAGGACUGUUAAGAUUAUCCUUUCAGUGCCAGCCACACAGUAUUGCCUUCAAAGACUAAGCCAAAUGAGCCACUGAAACUGCAGCGCAAACCUAACCUGUGUCGUGACUCGCAUUCAGGAGGUGGUAUGCUGGCAGAGGCUCCUCUUCCAGAUUUGGUACAGAGUUUGGCUAGCAGGUCAUUUUUCUUUGUGAUUGCCCUUAAGUUGCACCAGCCUAACUGUAUCCCUGCAGCUAGCAUCUACAUGCUGACCAACAACCUGGAGAGAAUGAAGACGAUCGACAUAUUCAAGUGUCUUUGUAUAUGUUCUUGGCCUAUGUAGCUCAAGUGGUACAGUAGUUCUCCAAUGCAAUGUAACCUGCAGGGUUCCAUAUAAGAAGUGUUAUGAACCAUACCGAAUGUAUUUUCACGAUGUGACACGCCAAGCAAAUGGGGCAGCAGUUCGUAUGUGGCAUUAAGUGGGAGCCUAUGUCUGUCCUUCAGAUCUGUUUGUGCUUUCAUAUAAAGGAUACAAGUAAAAUAUACUUCUUUUUAAAAUCAAUCCGAAGGAAUGGUUCUAUAUAUAUCUAUUCUACCUUCUAAUUAUUUUUCCAGAAUAAUGGUAUAUGUAUGUAUGUGUCUGUAUAAUGUACUGAAACUUGGUUCCUGAAGUAUUGGUUGCAGGUUUCUAGUCCUUUUUUUCUAAUAACUGCUAACUAAGCUUUUCUUCCACAAACUAAAAUGCAUUUCAAAGUUUACUUGGCUCCCAUUCCUGUUUACAGAAACGUGUGGCUCCAACUUGCACCAAAGGGUUUCCGUAUACAAUACUACAGAGUAAUGUUACACUUUCUUUCCUGCUUAAUGACAGUGACUGGAUUUUAACGUUUGUAUCCUUGUAGACUUGAUUAAAAAUAUUUUUAAAUGAAUUUUUUAGCUGGGUGUAUCCCAUGCUUUGUUUAAUUUAAGACACCUUUUGGCUAUAGUAAUGUUUGCUGUUCACUAUAAAAGCUGCACGUUGGUACAAAAAGUAGCAUACGUUCUCUACAGCGAUAUCCUGCUGUUCAAACCUUUUUGUUUUUAUAUGGUAACAGGCUUUAGCUAAAAU